UCCAGACCCGACUAAUGGAACGCGGAGCGGCGUCUCCGCUUGUUUCUAACCGUGCCCGCAUCUCCCAUGGCGCCUGCUAUUGCGUCGAUACAUUUUACAUUUUAAACUGUCAUUUUUAACUCGGUUGGGUUUCGCUCGGCGGUUUUAAUUCUCGAGUUUAUUUUUUUUUAUUUCCACUCUCAGUCGGCCAUGACCGUGGAGCAGAAUGUCCUCCAGCAACACUCUCAGAAGCACCAACAGACGUUACUGAAUCAGCUGAGGGAAGUGACCGGAACUACAGACAUUCAGCUAUUACAGCAGGCCCUGCAGGUCAGCAAUGGCGACCUAGCUGAGGCGGUAGCCUUCCUAACAGAGAAGAACGCCAAAGUCCCCCAGCAGGAUGAAGCCACCUACUACCAGACCGCCCAGAUCGGCAACGACAGAUACAUCAGCGUGGGCAGCCAGGCAGACACGAAUGUCAUUGACCUGACUGGAGAUGAUAAGGAUGACCUCCAGAGAGCCAUCGCCCUCAGCCUGGAGGAGUCGAACCGCGCCUUCAGGGAAACGGGCAUCACGGACGAGGAGCAGGCCAUUAGCAGAGUGUUGGAGGCCAGCAUAGCAGAGACCAAGGCAAGCCUGAAGCGCACCCACCCGGAGGUGUGGAGUGACUCACCCAACCCCCACGACCGGAAGAGGCAGGACAGCUGUCCCGUGGGCCUGAAGAAUGUGGGCAACACUUGUUGGUUUAGCGCGGUUAUACAGUCCCUGUUCAAUCUGUUGGAGUUCCAGAGGUUGGUACUGCACUAUUCCCCCCCUGCCAGGGUUCAGGAUUUACCCCGAAACCAGAAGGAGCAUCGGAACCUGCCCUUCAUGCAGGAGUUGCGAAAUCUCUUCUCGCUGAUGGUGGGCUCCCGCAGGAAGUACGUGGACCCGUCCAAGGCCGUGGAGAUCCUGAAGGACGCAUUCAAGUCCAGCGAGUCACAGCAGCAGGACGUGAGCGAGUUCACGCAUAAACUGCUAGACUGGCUGGAGGAUGCUUUCCAAAUGAAAGCAGAGGAAGACAGAGAGGGAGAGAAGCCAAAGAACCCGAUGGUGGAGCUGUUCUACGGCCGCUUCCUGGCUGUGGGUGUCCUCGAAGGAAAGAAAUUUGAGAACACAGAGACGUUUGGGCAGUACCCGCUUCAAGUGAACGGCUUCAAAGACCUGCACGAGUGUCUGGAGGCAGCCAUGGUGGAGGGAGAGAUCGAGUCUCUGCAUUCUGCAGAAAACUCAGCCAAAUCUGGACAGGAGCACUGGUUCACAGAGCUUCCGCCUGUUUUGACCUUCGAGCUGUCGAGGUUUGAGUUCAAUCAGGCCUUGGGUCGGCCCGAGAAGAUCCACAACAAGCUGGAGUUUCCACCCAUGCUCUACAUGGACAGGUACAUGGACAGGAACCGGGACAUCACCCGGAUCAAGCGGGAGGAGAUCAGGAGACUGAAGGAGCACCUGACUGUUCUGCAGCAGCGGCUAGAGAGGUAUCUCAGCUAUGGCUCUGGCCCCAAAAGAUUUCCUUUGGCUGACGUCCUUCAGUAUGCAAUGGAGUUCGCCUCCAGCAAACCCGUCUGCACUUCACCAGUGGAGGCUAUCGACACAUCAGCGCCACCUGGUGGCACAACUGCACAGGUGCCUCCAGCACCAAGUGCGGUGGAGCAGGGCCCUUCGGCCCCCGCCGACGUCCCUGGGGCGGCCCCCCAGCUCCAGCAGCUGCAGCAACCUCAGACGACCACGCCGUCGUCACGGUUGCCUGUGCACAAGCCCUUCACCCAGUCGCGCGUGCCCCCCGACCUGCCCAUGCACCCGGCCCCGCGGCACAUCACCGAGGAGGAGCUCCGCGUACUGGAGGGCUGCCUGCACCGCUGGAGGAGCGAGGUGGAGAACGACACCCGAGACCUUCAAGGGAGCAUAGCCAGAAUCCACCGGACCAUUGAGCUCAUGUACUCGGACAAGAUGAUGAUGCAGGUGCCAUACCGGCUCCACGCCGUGCUGGUGCACGAGGGUCAGGCCAGCGCGGGCCACUACUGGGCCUACAUCUACGACCCGCACCACUGCUGCUGGAUGAAGUACAACGACAUCUCGGUGACCAAGUCGUCGUGGGAGGAGCUGGUGAGGGACUCGUUCGGUGGCUACCGCAACGCCAGCGCCUACUGCCUUAUGUACAUCAAUGACAAGAAGCCAUUCCUUAUCGAAGAGGAGUUUGAUAAAGAGACGGGGCAAGUGCUGAACGGCCUGGACAAGCUGCCGCCAGACCUGAAGGAGUACGUGCGCGAGGACAACGAGCUAUUCCAGCGCGAGCUGCAGGAGUGGGACGCCGCACAGGCCCGCAAGGCCCAGCAGGAGAAGCUGGCUCUGGCUGCCGCCGGCCCCCGGCCCAUAAGCACAGAGCCCAGCCCUGUGGACAACACGGCUCCUCAGCAGGACCCCGAGUACAUGGAGCAGCCGUCUCCUCCCAACGACUCCAAGCACCUGCAGGAGGACACAGAGAGAGCGAUCUCCAGGGCUGCAGCUGAACAGGACGAAAAGAGCCCCGAGAUGCUGCUCAGCGCUGCGGAGUCCCACGAGACCCCUCCCCAAACUCCGCCCCCUGACCCCACGCAGAAUGGCUCUGCCUUAAACCCGCCCCCUCCCCAUCGGGUGGUGGAGGUGGCCAUCCCCCACGUAGGAACUUUCGUCAUUCAGGCACGGGAGGGGGGGUACGAUGACGAGACCAUGAUGACACCAAACAUGCAGGGCAUUAUAAUGGCCAUUGGCAAAUCCCGGAGUGUGUAUGACAAGUGUGGGCCUGAAGCCGCCUUCUUCAAGGCUCUUAAAGUCGAGUACACGCGCCUGCUGCGCUUGGCCCAGGAGGACACGCCCCCGCACAGCGACCACCGCCUCCAGCACGUCAUCGUCUACUUCAUCCAGAACCGGGCACCAAAGAAGAUCCUCGAGCGGACACUCCUCACACAGUUCGCCGACCGGAACCUCGGCUUCGACGAGCGAUGUAAGAGCAUCAUGAACGUGGCACGGGCAAAACUGGAUCUCAUCAAACCGGAUGAAGUUAACAUGGAGGAGUACGAGAUGUGGCAUCAGGACUACAGGAAUUUCAGAGAGACCACAGUCUUCCUAAUGAUUGGCCUAGAGUUGUUUCAGAAGAAAAGUUAUGUGGAGGCCUUGAUGUACCUGAUCUACUCUUACCAGUACAACAAAGAGCUCCUCGCUAAAGGACCGUACCGAGGUCAUGAUGAAGAGCUCAUCGCCCACUACCGCAGAGACUGUCUGCUGAAGCUGAACGAGCACGCGGCGGCCCUGUUCGAGACAGGCGAGGAGCCGGAGGUGACCGGCGGCCUGAGCGUCAUGAACGAGCUGGUGGUGCCGUGCAUCCCACUGUUGCUGGUGGAUGAGCUGGAGGAGAAGGACGUCGUGGCCGUGGAGGACAUGAGGAACCGCUGGUGCUCCUACCUGGGCCAGGAGAUGGAGCCUAACCUCCAGGAGAAACUCACUGACUUCCUCCCCAAGCUGCUCGACUGCUCCACCGAGAUCAAGAGCUUCGCCGAGCCGCCGAAGCUGCCUUCCUACUCCACGCUGGAGCUGUGCGAGCGCUUCGGCAACGUGAUGGCCUCCGUCACCCUUGGCCGCACACCUGCUGAUGGCAGAUGAACCGCCCCGCCCCGCCCCGCCCCGCCCCGGUGCACUGUGGCCCCGCCCCGCCUGUACGGCCCCGCCCCACAACCCCACCGUUGCUUGCCUUCACGGAUCUCCUUUAAUCUGCGCCUUCCUCCACGCCAGAGUCGCUUCAACUGUUACUCUUUUUAGUUCUCUUUUGCUGCUAUUUGUUUUAUGAGCGUUAUUCUUUAUUCUUAUCACUAGUAUUGACUGGAGACUUCAGUUAGGUUUUAAAGCUGAUAUCACACGAAAGGCUCAGGCUAGUGGGGGAAGAGACCAAGAGCAUUUAUGGGGAAAUAAGAGCUUCACAGAGCUUAGGAAUUUGCUGCAUGCUGCUCCAGCUUUGUCAAACGAGGUUGAGGAUUUUUGUAUUAUUAUUACUAUUGGUUUAUUAUUAAUUGGUUAUUAUUUUUUUGCCCCCCAUUGCUUUUUUUCGGUCAGCCCUUUUGGACUGGAGAGGAACAGCUUGCUGCCCUGCCAACCCAUUACACAUUAAUUUUGUUUUUCUAAUGGACGGGACUGAACGCAGAAACCUGGAGAUUCACAGAUGGCUGGAAACAUAGAGUGGGUCUCUUGACCUGAGCACUGCAGUUCUAAAAAACAAACAACAACAAAAACAACAACAACAAACGCUUUAAGUGCUGUGAUAGACAGCCACAGGUGACAUGUGGCUUGUUAAUACAUUGAGAGAAUAAAGUUUUAUUUAUGGCUCUUUUUUCAGCCAGAUA